AUGUCUCAACACAGCUCGUUCGGCUGGUCAGAAUGGGAGGAGGAUAAUCUUCUCCCUUGGCUAGAUGCAAACCGAGCUCUGUCUUGGGAAGCUCGUGCUGCCGCUUAUAAUGAGCAAUAUGAGACUAACCGAACAGUCGAAUCACUACGGGGAAAGAAAUAUCACAUUCUUCGAAAACGCCGUCUCAAUCAUGCUAAGGUAUCUAGUCGGCGCUCAGUUCCAAAGCGCCAAAGACGUAUUCGACGGCUUGGGGGUGCCAGGAAGAGAUUCCCACCGUUCACAGAUACCAAGGCUCAAAAUAUCGACCAGUGGCUUCAAAGAAUACCUUCAGCAGAAUCCACUGCUUCAGAGAGUAGUUCUGCCACAGAAAAGUCACAUUCCAUUUAUAUCACACCGGAUCCGCAUCAUCCUCAGCCACGAGAAUUCCAGUCCAGGUCCUGGCUUUGGGAUUAUGUACACCGUAUCUGUGGAACCAAAGAGCUAUCUCCUUAUUGGGAGUAG